CCGGAUGAGGUGGUCUCCGUGGACGAUGUAUCACUCUUUACGUAUUACCAUCUUGGCAUUGACGAAAGCAUGUUCCAGAAGCGAAAAGCGGAUGAAUUGCAAUACCGCCUCGUGCAAGUCCUGGAUUGA